CUCAAUCUGCUGCUCUCAGCACCAUCCAACAUCAGUGAAGACCGUCUCCCAGCCACUCUCUUCCUGACGGGCAUCCCAGGGCUGGAGUGGGCUCAUGUCUGGAUUGCCAUCCCCUUUUGUGCCAUGUAUCUGAUAGCACUGGCUGGGAACACCACCCUCAUCCUGGUCAUAGUGACAGACAGUGCCCUUCAUGCACCCAUGUACUUCUUUCUUGGCCUCCUCUCACUCACUGACCUGACUCUCAGCUCCACCACUGUGCCCAAAACGUUGGCUAUUUUGUGGUUCCAAGCAGGUGAGAUUUCCUUUGAUGGGUGCCUGGCCCAAAUGUUUUGUGUCCAUUCUGUUUAUGCUCUAGAGUCCUCGGUUCUUCUUGCCAUGGCCUUUGAUCGAUACGUGGCUAUCUGCAACCCACUGAGAUACACAACCAUCCUCAACCAUGCCGUUAUAGGUAGAAUUGGCCUUGUGGGUAUAUUCAGGAGUAUAGCUGUUGUCUCCCCCUUCAUCUUCCUGUUGAGGCGACUGCCCUACUGUCAGCACCAUGUCAUGGCACACACAUACUGUGAGCAUAUGGGCAUUGCUCGGCUGGCCUGUGCCAACAUCACUGUCAAUAUAGUCUAUGGGCUAACUGUGGCCCUUCUGGCUGUGGGUCUGGAUUCCGUCCUCAUUGCCGUUUCCUAUGGCUUUAUUCUCCACGCUGUCUUUCGUCUUCCAUCUCAAGAUGCCAGGCGCAAGGCUCUGAGUACCUGUGGCUCCCACCUUGGGGUCAUUCUGGUCUUCUACAUCCCUGCCUUCUUCUCCUUCCUCACCCACCGCUUUGGCCAACACCGAGUCCCCAGGCACGUGCACAUCUUUCUGGCUAAUCUCUAUGUGCUGGUGCCUCCCAUGCUCAACCCAAUCAUCUAUGGGGCUCGGACCAAGGAGAUUUGGAGUCGACUUCCAAGACUGCCUCACUUGUGGGAGGUCUCAGUAUGA